GUGUGGCCUUACCCGGUACCCAGCGCGCUUACGGAAGGACACCAUAGGAGGGAAUGGCUGCAGUGUCUCCACCUACUAGAUGCCAGCCUUCUGUGACAUUUGAGGAUGUGGCCGUGACUUUCACGGAUGAAGAGUGGAGGCAUCUGCUUCCUGUGCAGAGGGCGCUCUACAAGACUGUGAUGCUGGAAAACUAUGAGAACAUCAUCUCACUGGGGCUUCCUGUUCCUCGACCUGACGUGAUUCUUCCAUUUCUUCAGUUGAAGAGCAGGGCCGAGCCAUGGACACAGGGGCUUCAUGGAUGUGAGGAGAAAGAAUGGCCAGACAGUGUCUCUCUAGACUGGGAGCCUAAGCCUGAGAUCCUAAAUGCUUCAGCAGGAACCCCGAGAGAUAGCCGUAGAAGACAAAGUCCUCUGUGCACUAAACUGGAAGUUCAGACACUAGCAGGUGGGUUGGAACCAGCAAAGGGAAGUCCUGCAGCAGAGACUUGCAAGAAACGUCUUUCCUUGAACGGAAGCUUGCAGCGAAGGCCAGCCCUAUCCAGGAAAGCCCUCGCUAAACACCAAGACCAGGAAUGUAGUGACUGCGGGAAGACCUUCUUUGACCAUUCGUCACUCCUCCGUCACCAGAGGACUCACACUGGAGAGAAGCCCUAUGGCUGUCCUGAGUGUGGGAAGGCCUUCAGUCACAGGACCAGUCUCAGCAGACAUCUGAUGUCACACACAGGGGAGAGCCCCUAUGAGUGCAGCGCCUGCGGCAAAGCCUUCUUUGACAGGUCGUCCCUCACUGUGCAUCAGCGGGUGCACACGGGAGAGAAACCUUUCAAAUGCAGCGAGUGUGGCAAAGCCUUCUUUGACAGGUCAUCCCUUACUCGCCACCAGAGAAUCCAUACCGGGGAGAGUCCCUAUGAAUGUCAGCAGUGUGGCAAAGCCUUUAGCCAGAAGAGCAUUCUCACUCGGCACCAGCUGAUCCACACUGGCAGGAAACCAUAUAAAUGCAGUGAGUGCGGAAGAGCGUUCUACGGGGUUUCCUCCCUUAACAGACACCAGAAGGCGCAUGCUGGGGAGCCACACCAUCAGUGCGACCAGUGUGGCAAAGCUUUCUUUGAACGUUCUUCUCUCACAAAGCACCAAAGGAUACACACUGGAGAGAAGCCAUAUGAGUGCAGCGAGUGUGGGAAGGCCUUUAGCCAGAAGUGCCGGCUCACACUACAUCAGAGAGUUCACACAGGGGAGAAACCCUUUGAGUGUAGUGUGUGUGGAAAAGAGUUCAGCUUCAAGUCUUCAGUUAUUCAGCAUCAGAGACGUUAUGCCAAACAAGGGACAGACUGACCAAAGGAGAAGCAUUAGCUACACAAAGGGCCUUCCAUAAGUGUGCUAGGUCUCCAUGUCCUCUACAAACCCUGCAUUUGCUCCUUCUGUCUACUGUGGCUGCUGUCCUGUCCACCUCUGCUCCACAGGGUCUGAGUAGUCAACAUACCUGCUGUGCUACAGAAAGAACUAGUGUGGAGUGCAGAAGCUAAAACCCGAAUCUAGAUUCAAAAUCGUGGGCAGAACUUGCUGUAGCUCAGUGCUAGAAUAGCGCCUAGUAUACACGAGGCCCUCCCUGCUCCUCGACCCCAGCAUGGCAGAAUGUAGUUGGAGAGACUGUCAGCCACAGGAUAAAUGUUAGGAGGGGAACCCCAAGACAUAACUCUAUGAGAACAUAGGCCCGUUGUCACUGCACUGAACUAGAUGCAGGCUAUUACAGGAGGGGAAUAUCACAAUUAUAGGAAAACACCAUUUUCUCUAGAAGUUUCUAUAGUUUUAGUCUUUGUGAAGCUUUUUGGCCUGCAUACCUAGUUGUCUUUUGCCCUAGCAUUUAGCCCUCCUGGUAGUAGUAGUAGUGCUAACACUUAUUAAGAGCUUAUCCUGGGGCAAAUACUCAGCAGAGAAUUGUAGCAGGGCGAGAUUGACUGAUCCUCUAACUAGUCCUUUUGUCUCUCACAGAUGAGCACCAUGAGGUUUGUUCAAGAGAUUAAGGAAUAUAUUCUAGGUGACACAAGGUGAAGCCAGGUGUCUUAGUUACUGUUCUUUUACUGUGUAGAGUCAUACUGACCAGAGCAACCUAUAAAAUUAUUAAUUAAUUAAUUAAUUAAUUAAUUAUGGGCUUGCUUCCAUUUCCAGAGAGUGAGUCUGUGGCAGGGAGCAUGACAACAGAUAGGAGAGCAUGGAGCUGGAGCAGUAGCUGAGAGCUUACAUCUGAUCCACAGGUAGUUGGCCUAGAGAUGGGGAGACACAGACAGACACACUGGUCUUGGCAUGGGCUUUGGAAAAUUCAAAGCUCAUCUCCAGUAACACACCUCCUCGAACAAAGCCACACCCAGGCUACAGAGAUGGCCUAGUGGUUAAGAGCAUUGGCUGUUCUUCCAGAGGUCAUUGGGAGUUUCAUUCCUAGCAACCACAUGGUGGCUCACAGCCUUCUGUAAUGAGAUCUGGUGCCCUCUUCUGGUGUGCAGGCAUACAUGCAGGCAGAACACAUUAUACAUAGUAAAUAAAUAAAUCUUUAAAAGAAAGAUUUAUAAACACAAAGCCACAUCCUUUCUAAAUGUCCCUAAAUUUCUAAUCCCUAAUCUUUUCUAAACACUCCACCAAGUGGAAACCAAACAUUCAAAUACACCUAUGAGCCUUGGGCACGAUUCUCAUUCAAAUCACCACAUUCCAGGCAAGGACAUGAUCAGCUGGCCCUCAUGCUGAGAAACAGGUUUUUUUCCUUUCUGAAUUUUACAGCUGAGCACACUGAAGUUCAGACAGAUUAGUAACACCGUAGAUGGCACAAGGUGAAACAGGGCUUUAGUACGGGUCUCCCUUCAAUGUGUCUACUACAAUGUGUUCUUAAAUUUUGUCUUAUAAUUUAUAUACCUGAAUUAUCUUCUCAGCUGGAUUGUAAGCACUUAGAAGUGUGAUUUCAAAGGUCUCUGAAUCUUACUCAGUGCCUUGCAAACACAGAUGCUCAA